CUUUGGUCGGACCGUUCUCGGGCUGUUCGAUGGUGUGACCGACGAGCGUAUCGGAGAGCAGUUGCAGCGAUAGGACGAGAACGUGAGAAGUACGCGGGGAGAUUGUCCGUUCGACAGGCUCCCGUGCAGAGGCUUGAGACUGACCGACCGGGUAAGAGCAAGUCCAUCGGGAAGGGUUCGCGAAGCAGGGUGAGGGUGCACACUCGGGCUCGAUUUUCCUCAUAUAGCUUCGCCCCUACUUCCAGUCUUCAGGGUCUGAUGACUCUCAACCCCACCUGUCCGCCGAUCGCCUCGCAAAAGCUUCCUCGUCGUCAUGUCAGCCCUCUUCAGUGAAGAAGAGCAGCUUUCCAGCGCUCUCUGGAAGGAGAGACUUCUGGCUGAAGUCAUGGUCAAGCGUCUGCGAGAGUCGCCCUGCCCUGUCAUUGUCAUUUCCCCACACGACAUUGCUCCUCACCUUAAUGGGCCGACUGGCGAGCGAUACUGGCCUCUGCUGCUGCUUGCGAUUCUCGGCGAUGCCCAGGAGCUUCCCAGCAUCCUCACGCGAGUUCGGAGCCACUACGUCGGACCUGUCCACGUGUGGGGUCUGUCCACGGAAGCGCUCGCGCUCGACAUCCACAUCACCUCGUCGAUGCUGCCUCUUGUCAUCUCUGGCGAGCCCGACGCCGACGAUACAAACCUCGUCACCCUCUUACCUAGCUCAACCUUGAACGACCUUCCCCUGGCCCAAGUGCUCUCGAACCUUCACUCGUCAGCCCCCGCAUCUUUGGACCUGAAACUGAUGCGCGUCAGCGCCGCUCCUCUCAGCGCUGCCGAGCUCGAGCAGAUGGCGCCCUGCCACUCUUGGUUCAGCUCCGCCGAGAAGGCAGGAAAGAAGCGGCAGGAUGUUGCGGUGGCCACCCCACCACCCAAGAAGUCAGGCGAGUCGAUGCGGCAAUACCGGUCGAGGAUGCAGCGCGAGGAAGUGGCAAGAGGCUUGCAGGCGCACUUUCAAGCCAGGAUCCAGCUGCAAAAGGACGUCGAUGGUUUCUGGGCCGAGAAGGAGAGGAACAAGCGCAUGGUCCGGGGACAACACCGGGCUGCCGAUGUCAGCGAGCGUCGACUGGCCAACCUGAGCCUCGGAGGAAGUCGAGGCUUUGAUGAUGAAGAGGAUGAUGAUGCUGAGUCUAGCCGCACCGGCGCGACAAGCGAUGACGGCACGAGCUCCCGAUCGAUCGGGACCGAUGCAACAUCGAUUCACGAAGAGGCCGGUGACGAAGAUGAUGACAAGUUGCCCGUUGGCGUCAUGGACCAAUUUCUGUCACCGCGGAGUACGACGACGGACCUCAUCGUUGCACCGUCAAAACGUAGGUGCUCUUCCGUCUCUCCCAAUUUGGGACACUCCGACUUGGGCAUCAAGACCGGCAACGAAAUCUUUCUAGCCGUCGACGAGGAAGAGACGAGGAGCAUCUUGUCUACUUCCACAUGCAAGGCACCUCCAGCGACACCUGUCGAGGUGUUCUGCCGCAGCGGCAGCUGCUGCCACAGCAGCCAUUCCGAAAAGCAGGACAAGCGGAGCAGCAAGCUCUGCUGGGUCGUUGACCUCCGAGCAAAGUUCUCUGCGCGGCUGCGCCACAAGCCACAAGGUCUUGCAGUGAGGACGUUGUGA